UUUAUGAAUGCUUAGGUUUUCUUUCUCCCCACCCUCUGUUUUGUUGAAGCAAUUUAUUCCGCAUUUGGGGAAGGGAGAAGCCACAAGAGUGCGCAGCGAGGGUGGUCUCAUUAUUUCAUAGAGCACAUGUGAAAAAGGAAUCGUCGAAGCAUUUGGUGGUCGCCCCCUGUGAUUGGUGAAGAAUCGGGUCACGUGACUCGGGAGGAGCGGGGGUGUACGAUUGGUGUAACUUCCUCUCAGUGAAUCUGCGGCUUCGCUCCAGUUCGGACGUUCCAUUCUUUCCUCAUGCCUCCCUAACAAGAGUGCAUCAUAGUGUUCGUGUGACGAUCGCACUCGUGAAGUGCCGUCUUCCCCUCACCUUAACCCUCACUGUGAUAUAAUUUAUACAUACAUGCGGGCAUGGAGAACAUCGAGGUCCCUGAAUUCAGAAGCAUGGACGAAGAAGUCCGUUUUUGGAGGGAGAAAGCCCUACAGUACAAAGCCUGCAUGGAAGAGGUGAGGGAAGCGCUGGAGGAGACCCGGGAGGAGUUUGAGGAAUUUCAAGAGGGUUCCCGGGCCCUGGAAGCAGAGCUGGAGGCCCAGCUGAAGCAAGGCGAGGAUAACGCCAAGGAACUCCGAACCAGAUGCAAUACAUUAAAAUUGGACAAUGAUAUCAUCAGGGAACAGUUGGAGGUGAUGUCGAGAGACAUGGGUCGACUCCAGGAUGAAUUAUCCGCCGUUUCUGCCAUUCGUGACCAGCUCCAUCAGUCCAAGAGGGACCUGGAGACUGAAAACGACGACCUGGAGAGAGCCAAAAGGACGAUAGCGGCGUCGUUGACAGAGUUUGAGAGGAAGUUGAACGAGGCGUUGGAGAGGAACGCGUACCUGGAGUCCGAGCUGGAUGAGAAGGAGCAUCUGAAGGAGAAUGUCCAGCGGCUCAAAGACGAAGUCCGAGACCUGAGGUCAGAGUUGCAGAUCAAGCAGCAAGAAAUCCAGAAUGACAUUGAGUCAAUGCCCAAAGAGAAAGAGCCCACCAAGAGGGAAGCUGGAGAAGGUGCACCAACCAAGCCUGAUCGUCCUCAGUCGCUUCUCUCACCCUCUAAACCAGAAUCUCCGUCCUCCAACUCCUUCCACACCCCCAAAGGAGCCCUUGCAAAUGGGAAUGCCAAUGGCCUUCUUACCCCAUCAGCUCGAAUCUCAGCCCUUAACAUUGUUGGAGAUCUCCUGAGGAAAGUUGGGGCCUUGGAAUCCCGGCUUGCUUCAUGUCGGAAUUAUGUAAAAGACACCCCGCAGACCAAGACUGCUAACAAUAGGGCUGAAACUCCCAGGGGGAAGCAGCGAUUGCCUCGAGGCACAUCGGUGCCAAAUGUGCAAAACAUGAUCCUGGCAUAGGGACAUGUUUGCGAGUGAUUUGUUGUGUGUGCUGUACUUGUGAAUCAUGGUGUGACCGUGGAAAAAUUCCACAAGGAGAGUCUGGUACUGUUUUUGGUUAUUCAGUGCUGUGAUUUGGAGGUCCUAAUUUUUCGUUUAUUGUUCUCUUUUCUGCAUAUGUCAUUCUUGUGUGAAUUCACAGAUCAAGGCAAGUGCCAGUCCUAAAUAGUGCUUGAAGCCUUAUAUUCCAAGACUUGAAUUUAUUGAGGAGGGUGACUAAUGGUAUGUUUGAUAGGGAAAGCAACUUGAAACACACCAUUGCCUACCUACCAGGGCUGGUACAACGUGAGUGGUUGACGCAGAUAGUGGUUGUAUUCUGCUCCAAAUUGGGCUGGGUGAAAAUUUGCUUCAAAUGCUUUUGCUUUAUAAUGGAAUGUUCAUUAACUUGCAGUCUGCUCUCUCCCUCCUGAUUUGUUACCAGCUACACAUAUAGUGGCAGCCAUGAUGGUGCUUCAUCAACCAUCCUGGGAUGUUUUGGCAAUUAAGUCUUAGUAUGUACCAAAGUAAUGUCAUGGCCUACCUGUUGGGAUACCAGGAACUUAUGAAAAUGCAUUUCAAGAAAAGCAUUUUAUGUCUGUUGUGGCAACUCACUGUGUUGUGUUGUGAUUAAGGCUAAGGUCAGAUUGAUUAAACAUCCAAGAACUGUGACAUUUGUUUCCCUUCAGUACAUGCUGGAAUGGAGUCAUGGAGUACUGAUGCUCAUGAAAAAUUAUUGGAAUCCUGGUGCCAUACUAAGCUGAUAUGAUAAAACACCUUACUGAUGCCACCAUUGCCUACUGGCAGUUGUGAUGAAGUUAUAAGUGAACAGCCUCAUGGGCUAGUUAUUGAGAUUACUGAGCACCUAAAAGCAGGUUGCGUAAGUGUGCAAUCAGUAAUGUUACUCUAGACUAAAUCAAGGUCCAGUAUAGUUACAGUUUGCCAUUCCAUCUGGAAUGAAAUUGAAUUAGUGAUGUCAAAAAACAGGACAAAGUUAUUAAUCUGUUUCUUCCAUAUGCUUCUCAAAUGGAUGGAUUGGGCAUAAAAAUCACUGUGAUUUUCUUGUCCAAACCAUUAUCAAUUCAGCAAUCAAGCUUCACUUCCAAUAAAAUUUAGAAACUUUGUUCACUCCUACACUUGAAUUAUAUGGUUCCUUAUCCCACUGUCUUAUCAAACUGUUGGCUAACACCUGGUGUUCCUCAAAAUGAUAAUAUCAAGAUAAUCUGCGUCAACUUGCUUGCGUCAUUAGCCCUGCCUACCU